AUGAAGCGAUUCUGUGCACUCAUUCUGACUGCUACUCUGUUGCUGAACGAGGGUAAUGGCAUAUCAACGACGGUAAAUGAGCUCUCGGACAUUUUAAAGAAGAUUGUGGCUCCCUGUACCACCGAGCAAGCCAACUGUAAGAACCCUGCUCUUGAUAUUGUCUUCGCAUUGGACAGCAGUUCGAACAUUAAUGAUACUGAGUUUAAGAUGCAGAAAAAUGCCACAAAGGCGAUUGCUGACUUCAUCGAUAGGCAUAGUCCCAUUACCCCCGAUGGAACCCGGGUUGGUGCAUUGACGUUUGCCACUGAUGUGGUGAGAGAGUUCGAGCUGAAUGAACACACUGGUUUGGAAGAUGUUCUAGGUUACAUUUAUGAAAUUAACAAUAGAAUGGGAGACACGAACAUAGAACUGGCUUUGGAGACCGCACAGCUGAUGUUUGAAGAUUUUUUCUUGGAAGAAAGCCCAAAGCUAAUAUGGCUACAUACUGACGGGGUGUCUAACCUGGGGGAUCCGAUACCAAGAGCAACAAGUAUUAAAAAUCAAGGAUGGACUAUGUGCGUGGUUUCUAUUGGUAACCAUGCGGAUGUAGAUGGAAUCGACGACAUAGCAUCUCCGGGAUGUGUUGUCAAAUUUGGGAGUUUUACAGAGUACGCAAAUGUCGCAAGAAUGGCUCUGGGCCAACCCCAAAUUGAUAUUUUGGGUUAAUUCUUCGUGUCUUUUGGAAUCGCAAUACCAAUAUAUGUUCGAGAUCCGUUCAAUACAAAAGUGUUUGCACGCAUUAUAUAAGUCAUUGAAAUGGACAAUAGCGAGGAAAAAAUUACCACUGUUAAAAGC